AGCCCUGCCUAUUAUUUCUCUUGAGGUUCUUCCCUCUUGCUCUUGUCAUACAGUUUGGAGAUGCCGUUUUCUGUAGGCAAAUGUUACAACUUAUAGUUAUGUAGGAUAUCUGCGAGAGUCAAAGUUAAAUCAUUUUUCGAACGUUGAGUGUUUAUUCGACGGCUACUUUUUCAGGAAGUUGUCCAUCACGUGCAGAAAGAGAAAGGGGGUAACAGUACAUUCGCCGAUGCUCUAUCCGCAGUUGUCAUGUCGUUGUAUUGUUUCUUUUGACGGUUAAUUAUUUAUUAAUUAACUAUGAAAUGGGGGCUGGCAAUUAGGCUUAAGUCGUUCAGUGUUUUGCCUUGGUAGUGGUUGGUUUUGCGAGCAUUAUUUGGCACCCCCCCAAAAAUACAUAUUUUUCAACGACAGACAUCCACCCAUGGUCGUGGUACGCGCAGGCUACCUGACCAAUGUUUUUUGUUUUGACAAUUGUUUUUUAAUUGGAUAUAACAAACUGCUCUGUUCCUGACAUACACCCACAUUCAUCACUGGAAACACAGAAUUGCUUUCAAAAAAAUGUUUUAGUAUAGUAAUGGUGCGAUAGUGACAAGAAACCUAUUUUGGGUUCAUUUUAUUUCCAGAAUGAGGUAUAUCAUUGAUGCCUUUCUUCACAUGAAGAAUCAACCAAACAUGAAGUGGAUAGCCUAGAAGGCUAUUCGAACAGUUUUCUAGACAAUUGUCGUGUUCGGUGUUGGCUUUUUACAAUGAAAAUUAGUAUUUGAGGAUACAAUUCUGUCUCACUGCUCUCGAACCUGGGGUUGCCGGUAGGAGAGGCGUCUAUUGCCUUGGAACACUGGCUAGGCGGUGGAGCGGCCAAUGUCGACCGUUAUCUUCGGUAGAAUAUAAUCCUGUAUAUAACUGUUACCCACAUAAAAACCAAGUAGCCUAAUAGAAAGGAUACCUCAGGGACAAUGUCUUCUCGUGCAGCACUACCUGGGAACGAGCGGAAAUCGGACCUCCAUACCUCUCUCUCGACGAGCCGCUCGGAGAAGAGCACUGGUUGGUCGAGCAGAUCACUCGGAGCACGAUGCCGGAACUCUAUCGCCUCGUGUUCGGACGAGCAGCCGCACAUCGGCAACUACCGUCUGCUCAAGACCAUCGGCAAGGGCAACUUCGCCAAGGUCAAGCUGGCCAGGCAUAUCUUGACGGGCAAAGAGGUUGCAAUAAAGAUCAUUGACAAAAAUCAGCUCAACCCGACCAGCCUACAGAAGCUCUUCAGAGAGGUACGCAUCAUGAAAGGCCUCAACCACCCAAAUAUCGUGCAGCUGUUUGAGGUGAUCGAGACGGAGAAUACACUCUAUCUGAUAAUGGAGUACGCCAGUGGGGGUGAAGUGUUUGACUACCUCGUGUCCCAUGGGAGAAUGAAAGAGAAAGAGGCGCGGGCCAAAUUCCGUCAGAUUGUGUCUGCUGUACACUACUGUCACCUGAAGAACAUUGUUCACAGGGACCUUAAAGCUGAGAACCUCUUGCUGGAUGCCGACUCCAACAUCAAAAUCGCAGACUUUGGCUUCAGUAACGAGUUCACCAUGGGCAACAAGCUGGACACGUUCUGUGGCUCCCCUCCCUAUGCCGCUCCGGAACUGUUCCAGGGGAAGAAGUACGACGGGCCUGAGGUGGACAUCUGGAGCCUUGGGGUCAUCCUCUACACGCUGGUCAGCGGAUCACUGCCCUUCGACGGGCAGAACCUCAAGGAGCUGCGGGAGCGUGUUCUGCGGGGGAAGUACCGCGUGCCCUUCUACAUGUCCACCGACUGCGAGGGCAUCCUGCGCAGGUUCCUGGUGCUCAACCCCACCAAACGCUGCACCCUGGAGCAAAUCAUGAACGACAAGUGGAUUAACUCUGGCUACGACGGAGAAGAACUGAAGGCUCAUAUAGAGCCCCUGGAGGACCAUAAUGAUGGCAGCCGCAUCGAGGUGAUGGUGGGGAUGGGUUACACCCGUGAUGACAUCAAGGAUGCUCUGACCACUCGGAAGUACAACGAGGUCACCGCCACCUACCUGUUACUGGGACGCAUGAAUGAGGUGGAGGGCAGUGAGUCUCGGUCAACCAGCAGUCUGAGCCUGGCGCGGGUACGGCCCAGCACCGUCACCAACGGCACCAGUAAACACUCCACCUCCUCCACCACCUCUGCCUCCUCCUCCCACAGCAAGACCACCCAGCGCAGUGCCUCCACCUACCACCCCCGCAGGAGGCACAGUGACUUCUGCGGUCCAGCAGCGCCCCCAUCCCACCCCAAGCGUAGCCCCAGCAGUGUGGCGGGGGCAGACAGGGAGCUGAAGGAGGAGGGGGGGCGCAUGGCGUCCCGUAAGGUCAGCAGCAGCGUGGUGGGCAGCCGUUCCAUCCAGCCCCCCUCCAGCCCCAUGGUCAGCAGCGCCAACAACCCCAACCAGUCCGAGAUUCCCGACCGCCGCAAGGAGAUUAACACCGCCACGAACAACGUCCCAGCAAGUGCCAUGAUCCGCCGGAACACAUACGUGUGCACCACGGACCGGAACAGCACAGACAGGCCCUCCCUGCUGCAGAACGGCAAGGAGAACAGCUCCAUGUCCCACCGGCUGCCCCCGGCCUCACCCUCCACCCACAGCAUCGCUGGGGCCUCGGGGACCUCCUCCUCUUCGGGCUCCCGCCUCACCCGGGGCUCCAGCAUCCGCAGCACCUUCCACGGGGGCCAGCUGAGGGACCGGCGGCCUCCCUCCCACGCACCCCCCACCUCCCCCACUCUGUCCCACGACGCCAGCCCCCUGCCCCACGCACGUACCCGCGCCACCUCCAACCUGUUCAGCAAGCUCACCUCCAAGCUCACACGCAGGGUCAAUCUUGACCCCUCUAAGCGUCCCAACUCAAACAAGUCCGUCUCGGGCUGCACUCUUCCGCAGGGAUCAAAAACAGUUAACGAACCUGAGAGAGUCUGCAGAUCUCCGGUCACAAGUCGCCAUCUACCUGGGCAUCAAAAAACGACAGAGCCCCGGACCCCCCGAUGCGGCUGGGAUGUGAGGGUGCGGAGCCCGCGGGACCCGGCGGAGGUGGUGCUGGCGCUGCGCGAGGCGGCCCAGGGCUGCGGCUGCCAGGUCCACCUGGCUGGGCCCUUCCUGCUCUCCUGCACCCACGGGGCGGCUGGCUCACGCGUGGCCUUCGAGGCUGAUGUGUGCCAGCUGUCCGCAGGCCCCGCCGAGGCCAGCGGCGUGCGCUUCAAACGGCUGUGGGGGGCGCCGCUCGCCUUCCGGGACAUCGCAACAAAAGUGUCCAAGGAGCUGGAGCUCUGAGGGCGACAGGGGGUGGGGCAGAGGGCUUCUACACUGGACAGACUGACCGAGGGGGCGGGAGAAGUAGACGGGCAGAACCCGCUACCCCCACUGCCAACCUCGCCUCACCCCCGCCAAAGACCCGCUUCUGGUGCCACACUGACACGCAGACACACAGGCACGGAUGGUACGGGCCCGCCACUCACAGACCUAUGACCUACAAACCCUGCUAAGGCACCUCAAUAUUAUGUGAAUCUACGGAGUCAAGCAGUUAGUUUUUAACUCCAUAUUUGCAGAUGAAGAUAUUUUUCGUCAAUGUCGUUAUGAUUAUAUUUGUUGUCGUUCCUUUUUAACAGCUGCUAUUUAAAAGGUUUUUUAAUUUUGUUUUUCUUGUUUUUCGCUUCAAUGAGUGAUUGACGCAGACUGAAUGCAUAUUUAAGAAACAAGGGACCAGCCCUUUCCUAGACAGACCUCCAGGCUAUAUAGCAGGGGUGUCAAACUCAUUUUGCCCUGGAGGCCGCAUUCGGUCUUCAACAAGGUCCGGAGGGCUGCAUUGAAAAUGUGUUAUAUUUCUUCGCAGUCAAUUUUCCAAAAAUAGUCCUCUACCCAUAGUUUUUUUUUAAUGAUUAUGCUCUAGCUUUAGACUGUUUAGCUUUAUUUGGGAGAUUAUUAACAAGCUGGACACAGUCAAUAAACUGUAUGAAUGUAGGUCCAUUAUCUUAUAAUUUCUACACAGUUUCAAUUUGGUUGUAGUUAUUUUAAAGUAUACCAUUGUUUUGUUUUGUUUACUCAAACCCGCGGGCCAGAUUUGACCCCCUCGCGCACCGAAUCCUGCCCGUGGGCCGUAUGUUUGACACGCCUGCUAUAUAGGGAGACAUGCAGAAAUGCAGAGACGAACAACAACAAAAACAAUGCUGUAAAACAAAAUGCCAAAUUCUUCUGCCCAUCCAUUGCAUCUGCUCAAUUCUGUAAGGCCCCCUCUGCUACUCUCGUCAAGUUUCAUUUUGUGUUUUGUAUAUACCGGUAUGUUGGUUACCAAUGAGAAAAGCUGUCUGACUUCAAUGUCCAAAACGGAGUAGGCGAUGACUGCUCUUCUGAGCCACUAACCCUUUGAUCUUCUGCGUUUCAGCAGGUAAUGUACACAGGCAUUCUACAUGUUCUUCUGGGAGCACUUUUGGUUUAGCAAUAUCACCUCUUCAAUUGUAUUUCCUCUUAAAUGGUACAGCACAUCCACCAGGCCAAGAUUCCAAACAUGAUUUGAUAUAAGCAGUGUUUAGUAUAAUGUUGGGGAACAUCAUUUGUCACAUUUCAAGGAAUCUCAAUGGAUCACUUUUUUGUAUAAGAUGACCCAAGAUCGCAUAAAAAAAAGAGAAUUGGAUCAACUCUAAUUUUCUGCUCAAAAAGAAAAUAGUAUCAUUGAUCACACAGACUAUAACAACUUCAGCGACGCUUGUUGAAUUGCAUUCAGUAUUUCAAUUGAUCAGCAAAACAGGCGUUAUGUAUCCGCUUCCCUUCUGGUAACCAAUCAGCCUUCUGUAUUCCUGAGUGACGUAUGAGAGUGAGGUUGGUAGUUUAGAAUGUGACCCUGGGUGACGUUGUUGAAAUCAACCCUGACACUCUUCUAUAAAUGAAGAACGCUCCCAAGCUCCUCACAAUAGAUCCAAGUCGGGUAGAUAAUCAAGGCCUGGGUGAGUGACUGUUUGUCACUGGCGUUGGUUUGCACCAAUAAACAGUAAUGGUCCUUGUCGCCUGGCAGUGGGUCACAGCAGCAGACAUGCCAGAACGUCAUUCCCAGUUGGUGCAGUGAGCUGCAGUGGGCUCCUCUAGUUUAGAUCUCAGAACCAUGUUUCUAUUUUCUCAGCUCAGACUGUGGGUGUCGCUGAAUGUUCCUCAACCUUUCUUGUUUGCAGAAAGUCUGUCUGGUCUUUAAAUGGCUCAAAGAUUCAUCAAGAGUGGAUGUUCUCAUUACAGAAUGUGUUUGUCACUGUUCCAGUAUGAUGACUUCUCUACAGUAUGUAACAUCCCAGUUAUAUUCCGUAACCUGUGACACCCCUGACCAUCUUCGCCAGCCUGCCCACACUGGACUGCCUGCCCAACACAAUCUUCAGUCAUUUUCAAACUCCACCAUUUUCCACCUUAUUCCUUUUGGCAAAAUGUAUAUUGCACACGUGUAUGGCAGUAUUACAUAGUAAUCCAGGACACUACUAUGACUUCAGUUUGCCCGUUGCAAGGAAUCAUGGGAGUUUUCAGUUGCAACAGGUGGCCACAAAUGUCUUAAAAUGUGAAAGCUGUGAUUUAGGGCAAUUCUUUUGCAACUUUGCCCAAAAUAGGACCUCUUGCCCAACAAUUCCCAUCUGUAUUGCUAAAAGCUUAGGACCAUGCUUCAAGAGUAGGAAGUCGUUGUGCGUUUGAAGCCGUCGCUGUUAUCGGAAAAACGGGGUGCGACUAUGGAAAUGACUGACCUGCAGUCCUGCAUGUCUCCUGAGGACAAUUGUAUGAAGCAAAAAUAAAUUUCUCCUUUCAAAUUCUGA